AUGGCAGACCGAGUCCAGAAAAUCCUGACUGACCCCCAAGCAGAGAAGUUCAUGGCAAACAGAGCUUACGCCCUGUUUUCGCGCGUUGUGAAUUACUCGGAAUGCAUGCGUGGGAUCGUAUCGAUCACCAUCGACAGCUGUCCCGGCGACGAGGUGUUCAUCGCAACAAGCAUCGACAGCAUCAUUAUGCAGGACUGUGACUUCUCCGGAUGUGAUUCCUGGACAGUGUACGUCAUGUCGUCGUCACAAAGCGGAGCACAGGUGUCUGGGGAUUUGCUCGUGUUCACCAGCGACCAGAGGCUCGUCCUGACGGGCUCCGGCAUAAAGUUCACGAGAUAUCCCAUCUCUAAGCUCGAGAAAGUGUCCAGGAGAGUUCAGACAGCCACCGAGAACCCAAAGCCAAUCCUACAGAGAAGCCGACCUUGGGCCAGCGGGCUGGCAUGGAUCGGUGGUGAUUUGACCAAACUACCAGCAGUCAAGGUUGCAGUGAGGCAAUUGACGCCAUCUGACUCAACAGACGACGAAGUUGUGAUUGUGAGCAGACCGAGCGAGACACUUCAUUCGACCCAGCCGCCUGCCUUGACAGAAGACCACAUUUACCCCGGCAAGGGCUCCAGCAUAAGGGCGCCGCAGCGUCUUCUAGAGCUCAUCUCGGAGAACUGCGGCGACCCGUUGGCGAACGUCGAGGACGGUGCUAUCCUUCAGGACGUGGGCGUCGACUCCCUCUCCGUGAUCGAGCUGGCAUCAUCGGUAGAAUACUCGUUUGGCAUCCAGCUGAGCGACGACAACCUCCACCUGCAGUCAACCAUUGCGGAAAUCUUGGAUUAUCUGCACUCGAUGAUGCCUCGGGCGAUCCGAGACCUUUGA